AUGCCAAGCGAAGUAGACGAAUGCCUUGCGGCCGCCUCUGUUGCCGGCGAUGAGGACCUUGUGGAGUUGAAUCAAGAGCAGCUACGGGCAUUGCAGCAGGCGUUUGUGCGACUGUGCAAAGACUAUGUGCUCAUGGACACCAGCGGCAUGAAGACGUCGAUGAUGUACAGCGAGCUGAACAACGGUCCUGACUACGAGCUCUUCGAUCGAAAGACGCGCCGUCGCCGACACUGGCUCGCUAUACGGCAUCGCUACGAGGACGUCAAGGAACUGUUGUGGCCCUCGGACGCUGCAGCGGAUGAUGGCGACGCGUCAGCUGCAUCCGUCGAGGACAGCGAGCGUCAACAGCAAUGUUCGCUGGCAGACGAGUCGCUGCCGGUGUUGCCGAUUGCGGACAUGAUGGAGGCGCUCACAUGGUUGGAGGCGGCUUCGACGUUUGGGGCUCGGAAGCACCGGCCCUUCGACACCUCUGACGCUUCUGACUUUACGCCGUUGGACUUGUCGAGGGAGGUGCGCAUCGUCGCCUCGUGUGUCCGCGCUGCAGGGCUGUCCAGCCUCCUCCACAACAUUGCACAUGGGGCGGCAGGUGAGCCACCCGGAGAUGCGGCGGACGCCGUGGCUCAUCGCUUCAUAUCGCUUGGUGCGUUGUGCGCGAACCACGGUGUGCCCUUGUCGGUCGCCUUCGCUCCAUCCGUGUCUACCUGCUGCGAUGCGGCGGCCUCGUCCGCCACCGCUGCCGCCGCCUCCGUGCAGGCAUGGCUCUCCUCGAUUCCUGUCCUGUCUCGCGUGAAAGACGCGGUUCGGGUGAUCGGAGUCAUGCAGAUCUGCCCAGAAGGCAAAGGUGAUAGUGCAGCUUCUGAGCUGUUGCGCUUCAGCGACGCCGAUGGCGCCGUCGUGCGGGAAGUGCUGCUCGACGCGUUGUGCCGCGUCGUGCCCGCCUCUCUCUUCUCCGACGCUGCGGCCCUCGAGAACGUCGAUGAAGCAGAACUGUGCGUCUUGCUGCGGUACGCGACUGAGAUACAGGAGCAGAAUGCCGCUUUCUUUCAAGUGAUGGGCGGCAGCGAAGUGAUGUCCAGGCCGGAGCGUGCGGCGACGACUGAGGGUCGACGCGUGCUGCAGCACUUCACGCGACUGGUGCUUGCACGAUGCCGCCACCUUUUGCACCAUCACGAUGGCCCUCCACCCACCCUCUUAAGCGGCGACGCGGAGAACAUUCCCUUCGUGGACUUGCAGUUGUAUGCCGAUCACAACCACCCGGAGGUGCGCGUGCAUCAAAAGAUCGGCCGCGCGAACGCGCAGGGACUUCGGUACGCGGGCCUGCAGUCCACGGCAUCCACGACAAUGGCAGAGCUCCUGAGUCGGCUGGAAAGCGCCAACCAGCGAAUGGCAGCUGGCGCGCGGGGUCUGCGGUGCGACCUCCUCAGGCACGUCGCCCAGAAGGCAGCCCUCGGCAAAAGCAAGUUAACGCUCGAGGAUGUGACACGUGCGUUGCCGUUGCUGGCAGCGCAAAUGGGCAAGACAUCGGAACAGCAGGUUAAGUCCACCUACGAGCGCCUGCUGACGGCGAUGUCGACCACAAUAGCUGUCGCGCUGCAGCAGCCGCAGAAGCCCGCGUGCAUUCUCGCCCUCCUCGAGGGUCUCGCCGGCUGUCACUACACGCCGAGCUCCUACAAACUUCUGGAAAUGGUAAUGCUUCGGAUGAUGAUGCGCGGUGCCUUCACGCUUAGCGACGCCGGUCGCUGCCUCAUCGCCAUGCUGCAAGUGGUUGGCCCACAGAAAGUUUCCCAGUCGGUGAAGCAAGCCAUCGCCAUGCGCGUGGUAGCUGCGGUGGAUGCGAGGUCAGACAGCACUGCGGCGGAUGUGCUAGCGGUACUUCGGGCGCUGCGCUACAGCUGUUAUUCGUCGUUUGCCUCUCUCGUGUGCCUCGUGUCGAAGUCGCCGCUCAUGGGGAACACAGCGAACUGGCAGCCGUCGGAGCACGUGCGCUAUGCUGUGCUGCUGGCCGCCGCCGCCGCGGCGCUCGAGACGGAGGCGAACUCUGAGCUUGGUAUUGCCGUGUCCACCACCGCGCGGGAGCGGCUUCUGCUUGGCCUCUCUCCGACGCACCCGCCUUCUGCAGUACCGCCACAUUCGCCAGCGUGUGUCGGGGAAGACGCAUAUCAGGAGUGUGUCACUGCGUGCGCUGCGCUAGAUGUAAGCCCUGUACCACCGGCUCUGACGGCGUGGGCGCACGCAGACAUUGACGCGCGCCCUGUGCAUUCCUUGUGCACUCCGGCGCUGGCAGUGAGCACGAUGGAGGCUCUCGAGGCUAUGAGCCUCGCCCCAUCCCGGUGGUACACCGCAUACGUCAACUACUUGACUGACACCCUGGAGCAGAUGCAGCGACGGCCACUGCUCGAAGACGACGCGGAGACGGCGGUCAGGUGCUUGUUCCUCCAACGGGCGCCCGGGGCCGUGACCAGGCUUGCUUCAGUGCUCCUGGAGCACGAAGUGGAUCGUCUUGACCAAACGCUCACCCGCGGUGCUGUAGUCCGCGACGACGCUCGUGCGCCGCCCGUGUGCACCUUUCAGCAGAGGUCACUCGAGCGGCAAACAUCAGAAGGUGAGACGGAGACCCGUCUUCUACGAUACUGCGCAGCGCUGCAGCACGCUUCCAGGGAAAUGCUGAGCACCAGGUCCGCAGAGGUAUAG